AUGUUCGAGAACUUGUGCGCGCUCCCGGUGGAGCACGAUAUCUUUGUGCAGGCGAUCCACCCAGAGGAGCCUAUCAUAUCCGUCGGCUUGGCUAGCGGCCAUGUGCAGACCUUCAGGCUGCCCUCGGGCGCAAGCGACGACGACAAUGACGAGACGAUAGCUUCCGAAAAGGGCUUCGGCACCAUAGACAAGCUCUGGGACACACGGCGACACAAGGGAAGCUGUCGGACACUCGGAUACAGCGUCGAUGGCACGUCAUUGUACUCGGCAGGCACAGAUGGCAUGGUCAAGGUCGCAGACUGCAUGACUGGCCAGGUCACUGCGAAGAUUUGUGUACCGCUAGAUCCCGCGAAUGGCGGCAUCGAUGCGCCUACCCUCGUCUACGGGCUCUCUCCCCAAUCCCUCAUCCUCACCACCGACUCGGGCUCACUGCACAUCUACGACAUUAGGAACCUCAAGGGCGGCGAAAAGGUCUCCCUAAAGCCCGAAAACACACACCGCCCCCACGACGACUACGUUUCCUCCCUCACACCUCUACCGCCCACACAAGCGAGUACCAGCGGCUGGGCCAAGCAAUGGGUCACAACGGGAGGAAGCACACUGGCCGUCACGGAUCUGCGGAGAGGUGUCAUGGUCCGCAGUGAGGACCAGGAAGAAGAGUUGCUCAGUUCGUGCAUCGUGACUGGUCUACCAAAGAAGGGCUCAAGUGUAGGCGAGAAGGUCAUCGUUGGCGCAGGCGACGGUGUUCUCACACUCUGGGAGCGCGGAGUUUGGGAUGACCAAGACGAGCGCAUCAUCGUCGACCGCUCUAAGGGAGGCGGCGAGAGCCUCGACUCCCUCACUGUCGUACCAGACGGCGUUGGACCCGGCGGAAAGCACAUCGCCGUGGGGCUGGGCAACGGAGACAUUCGCUUUGCUAAGCUCGGCCCGAAUAAGGUUGUCGCAGAGCUCAAGCACGACGAGCUGGCUAAGGAGAGCGUCAUUGGUCUGGGUUUCGACGUCACUGGCCGCAUGAUCAGCAGUGGUGGAAAGACCGUCAAGGUCUGGGGCGAGCAGACCUGGCAGGACGUGGACGAAGACGACGAGGAGACCACCAACGGCAAGCGAGAUCACGAGAGCGAAGACAGCGACGAUAGCGACAAGGAUAUGGACGACAGCAGUGAGGACGAUGAGCCCAAGCAGAAGCGCAAGAGGAGAAAGAAGGGCAAAGGCGGACAAGCCAAGGGCCAUGAUGACUGCAACUGUUUCUUCUCUGCGCUUUCCAAAACAUCCAUCUUCCAGGCUGCUAGCCUUGAAGGGCCAGGCGGCGUAGAUGGGCAGCUCGAUGAGAUCGCUCAAACUCACGUCCAGGAUUUCGUGGUGCAGAAGUGGAGCCAGCGUGGCGACCCACCGCAUGAACCAUCAUCACAGCUCUACCAGCCUCUUGGAGAAGGCGAAAUCCGUGUCUUGGAGCUGCAUCCUGGAGAGCCUGGAAGUCCGCUGCGAGGCACUCUACAUAUCGUCAGCAUCGACUUUUCGCACCCUGCAAGAGAGGAGCAAUAUACACAGCCCUUCGACAAUCCAGCAAACACGAGUCGAAGAACCUUGACCUACACCAGACAUACCAAUCAUGCCGUAUCACUCGACACAGGCAAGCCGGUGUGGUACACUGCCCUCAGCUAUGUCUGGGGCCCACCAAUCUUCGAGGAUACCAUAUCCUUUGAACAUGGACAGUUGAACAUCUCCGCAAGCCUGGCGGGAGCUUUGAACCACUUGAGAUCGACUGAGCAUAGCGUUGUCUUGUGGACGGAUCAAAUAUGCAUCAAUCAGCCCGAUAUUGCGGAGAAGGUGCAGCAGAUCCCGUUGAUGGGCUUGGUCUACACACAUGCUACAAACACGCUCAUAUGGCUCGGUGAUGACGGUGAAGAGGACUCAGCUCUUGCGUUCGAUCUGAUGGAGACUAUCUUUGUGCGGUUACAAGGGACGGAUGCGCAAGUGACGCCAGCGGAUUUUGAGAGGCUGGAUUUUCCACCUAGCCUUGAUCGAGCGUGGUGGGCUGUUCGUCAAGUCCUGCGCCGCCCCUGGUUCGGCAGACUGUGGACCAUCCAGGAAGCCGUGCUUUCGCGACAUCUAUUCGUCAAAUGCGGCAAGGUUGAGGUGUGCUGGGACGACUUUGCUGCGUGGUGUCAUGAUCUGGCAGAAACGCAUGUGCUCGGCUGGCUGACUGGUAACGCUGAGCUGGAUAAGAAGUACAACACGAAAGCAGAUGUCAAAGCAUUGCCGCCGCAUGGUGCUGAUGUGGUGAACUCUGUUCAGGCAGAGCGCGUACAUGGCCUGACAAUCGUUACGAAAGAAGCAUUACUGACCAUUCUGGUUUCUACACGUUAUGCGCAGGCGACAAACCCCAAAGACAAGAUCUACGGUGUGCUGGGUAUAGCAGAUGCCGAUAUCGUACCCGACUACAAUCCCGAUGUUCCUGCGAGAGCGGUCUAUCACGAGGCCUGUCUGACGGAAGUACCUGAUCGCAUUUACGAACUAUUAAGCUGUGUCGAUCACGAACACCCGCUCCAGCCGUCUUGGGUCCCAGACUGGAGCACCCCACGCGUAACGGACGUAUUUGGCUAUUCGACAAGAUCUUGGGCUGUAUACUGCGCGGGUGGUAGGCCCGUCACCGGCGCGCAGCCACCCAAGGCUAUCGUGAGCGAAGAUAAGCAAGAGAUCACACUGAGCGGUAAAGCAUUCGACACCAUUGCCAUCCUAGGCAGUGUCAGUGAGGAUCCCUUUCUUGAUAUCGACAAUCCACAACGGGGCAAUCGUGAUUUAGCAUCUUACGCCGAGCUUGUCAUGGGCGCUGGUCGAACACACACAUACCUUUUACAAGGUAGUUCAACAUACGACGCCUUUCUACACACACUACUGGCGGGACGCGAUGGCUCUGGCGUUGCGCCACCAGAUGCAGACCACAGCGAGGUAUUCGGGCUCAUCCUAGAUGCCACGACAGGCAAGUCCCUAUGCCUACCUGGUCAGACUAUGAGCCAGCGGCGGCAGAAGGGUCACUUCAAUCUCGACAGUCUCAAGACCAGGAAGCCGGCAAAGACCCUGGAAGACUUGCAAACGGCGUACCGGGCCGCGUUGAAGAUGCGCCGCUUUGCUGUAACCGAGAAGGGCUACUUUGCAUUAGUGCCGAGGGGUGCGCAAGUCGGUGAUGAGCUCGCUGUCUUCGAUAGGGCAUGUGUACCUUUUGUGAUCAGGAAGCAGCAAGUCGAAGGAGUUGCCGAGAAAUUUGAGCUGCUUGGUGAAACUUACGUCCAUGGUAUUAUGAAGGGCGAAGUGUUGGCCAAGGAAGACAUUGAGCUUCAAGACAUCACGCUUGCUUGA